AUGGUGUUUGAAUCCUUCGAAGCAUCCCCACUCACGGGGAUUGUGGUAGGAACCGUAGGGAAGCUCCGUUGCUCAUACCCUGGCCCCGCGAUUGCGGUCAGUUUAGAGAAAGUCAAGAACGCCGCCUUCCUCAAGGAACUCUCCAUGUUUCUAGAGAAGAUGAAUCGGCAGGUCCUGGAUCAAGCAGCACACAAGGGCGCCAAAGCGGGAUCUGUGGUCUUGGAGGACAGGGAAACGCAGAGUCCGAAAUUCAUCACCGAGAUGCUUACGGGCAUCCUUCGUGGGAUUGGAAGCCCGGCCAACGUCCAGCGCAUCGAGAAACGUAUCGCCGACGAUGUACUCUGGGACAAUGCGCGGUUUCCGUGGCGGCGGUCACCACUGUGGCUUGUCGUGAGGGUUGCGUUGCAGACUACGCUGAGGGUGCCUGGUGAGGGACAUAAGGAGUAUAAAGCGUUCAUGGUGUUCCUCAUGGCCAGGCUGUUGGAUUUGGCGUUAUCUAUGCAUGGUUUUCCCAGCGAUGUCUUGUUUGUCAUGAACGCGAAGCUAAGCCGUCGAGUCCAUAAAAUGCGCAAUGGAGGUUUACCUGAAUUUGCUAUGGUGGAGGCACGCAGGGUGGGCGAUCGGGCGCACGAUACCCUAGACAAAAGAUGGACCCAAGCACAGGGAUAUUACUCCAGUCCAUUCAGAUGGAAUCCAAAGUCCCUCUCUCCCGAGAAGGAUGUGCGACUUUCGAUGAACAACACCAAAGAAUACUUGAGAGUAGCCAGGAGUCUGGGGGUUACAAAACAGAAGAUCAACUGUUUUACGCCAAAUGAAUCCAAACGGAUCAAUACAACCUCAGGCACUUUGCCGCCACUUGGUGUCCUCAAGGGAAACCCAGACAAGGAAAUUAUAUUGGCAGACUUUGAGAUUUGGGUGAAGAAUAACCUGGACACGUGGGUCACUUUGACUUUGGACUACAGCAAAGCCUGCGAGGAGAUUGGAGAGCGAAUAGAGGAUUACAUCUCAGCUGCAAAGCUGUCGACCCUAGUCAACCCAGAAAGGAGCUCGGUAUUCAUAUUGACAAUGAUGGAGCUCUGGAUCGCGCUCGAUAAGAUUGCUUUGAAACUUCACCCGCUGCUACGCUAUUACUAUCCUGGGUUCGGGGAAGACUUCCUGACCCCGCUUCUGCUCCCUCAGGCUCAGCAAAGAAUCCGCCUGCGUACCAUCGAGGAGUACAUAAGAGCUCGCAACAUCGAGACACUUCAAAAACCCACUGAUUCUAUAUAUUCAAAUAUCGUGACCGAGAGAUCAUUUGCGGUGCGGUACUUUGAUACCUCAGAGGACCACCAGCGCCUUCGGCGUCAGAUACUGGAUGAUGCGGACAACGAAAUAACCAGAAAGGAGGACCAGCUUUACGUGAAGGAGAUGGAGUACAAAGCCCUGCUCGAAGCAGCCGAUAGGUUGGCUUGUGAGUAUUUUACCCAUUGGGAGGAGGGAUGGACGCAACAUCACCGGAGAUGCCAGAGAUGUCUCUUUAUUACCACUGCAGAGAAGAUGAAGAUAGAGAUAUUUGAGAUGCCUCUUCCCGAAGAGGAGCUGCUGCGGAAGGCGGUAGUGUUCGAGCUCCGAUGUCCAUUAGGAUUUUCGAUAUGGAGGGACACGACAUACAAAGUUCUGACUGAAGUGUGCACACCAUCCAAUCUCCUCCCGGAUGAGAUUCAGAAUCCUCUCGAGACCCUUGACACCUAUCCCGGCUUACAGCAGUACAGGAAGGUCAUUCAACGAUCUAGGCCCCAGAAACUUCAGUGGUCGUCGUUCACUAAAUCAUUUCUCAAAUCUCACUACCGCUUUGCGAAGCUUCCCACGACGAUGGCAUCAGUCUGUGUGAAUAAUGGGUUGCGCUAUGGACUCUAUGACGGGGAGGGGAAAAAAUGGACCCACCAAGCUAUCGGUGGGUAUAGUAUUCGGAGGUCCUGUACAUUCAAACUCCCUGAUGGCCCUUACCAGAAAUUGCAGUACACUGUUAGGUUAACUACCCACACGCCAAACGCAGUUAUAUCCAGGCAGUCGGACUGCCCAGCAGAUAUUCAGCUUCACGAAUACAUUGCAUUUGGACUUGUGCGGUCAGGUCACCGGCUUCAAUGGCUAAAUAUGUUGAGAGAGCUCAGAAGCCGCACCCUCACAUUCAGUAGCGACGCCGUCAAUAUGUUGUUUUCACAGUGUGCUUGGCAAGCAGGGCCCCGGGGACCUCCGGAAUCUUCAAAGGCGCUGAGAGAAUCUCAUAUAGUCCUCAAGGAUGAAGAGUUUGGGCGAAGCCUUCUUUCCGAGUUGGUUAAUUUCCUCGCAAUUAUAGAGUCAAAUUGGCAAGAAGUCGUCGCAGCGCAGACCCUGAUCAUGUUGGCGACUCAACUCCUCUCGUUUGCCAGGCAUGUAUCCAUCAUAGCGGGUACUGCGAGGUUCUUGCGUGACGCGCGUAGGGUGUGCUCGGGGUGGACACGAGAACUAUCUACCAAGCUGCGGCACUGUAAACCCCAGGAGAUGAGAGAACUUCAACUUCGCAUUGUGCAGGUGGCGGCAGUCUGCCGAGAAACCUAUCACGUUGAGCAGGAACAUCUCCACGAUUUACUCUAUUCCCGGGAGGACAUUGCUAUUCUCGUUGAAUGCGCCACAAUUAUCCACGAUAAUGUCCCGGCCAUCAACGAUACCUUGGCUCCUCCAGUACGUAUUCUACUCGAUCGAGACAGAAGGCUGUCCCAUGCAAUCGAAAAACACGUUCGCUCUCUGAUUCUCAUGGAUCAAAUCGGCUUAGAUCUUACUUGCGUAUGGAGUGCAUACAGACCUGGGUCCCCAUGGAAGAGCUUAGCAGAGCCUAACGCCAGAUGGAUGGUGGUUUCCACGGCUGGUGUCGCUGGAGACCGCUCUCAGAUGGUGCAUUACAAUCUACUUACGGGUCAACUACUUGUCGAUGGAUUACCGCUUGGUAGGCUGCCGCUGGAGUAUGUUUCUCACCCAACCUAUGUAGAGUUAUUCGGCGAGAAAGUUCUUGAUGUAUAUCGGGCGAAUAUGGAUGGAAUGGUAUUUCAGACAAAUCAAGCAAUAGAUGAAAGUAAUCUUUAUGACACUUCUCCAACAAGCUCGGUACAGGUGGGGUUCGCAAUGCAGGGAAAAGAGCUUAUCAUUCGGACUCGGAGGGAAACGGACUCAGUGGUGCACCAGCUUAUCCCCCGUGCUAAGCUGCAUGGUGACUUCCCAGAUCACAUUAUUGCGAACCAUUUGCACUGGCUGGAUCUCUCAACAAAUAGGAUCGAAUUGCGGGACCAAAAGAAACCAUGGGUUCCAGAACACAGUCGGUACAUCUCCGAUACGAACGGUUUUGCUCCGAGUGAGCUCCACCUUGGGGCAGAUCAACGAUUGAUUGAUGUCCGAAGUGCGACAACAGCGGCAAUCAACUCGAUGCUUAGUCCGCUGGAAUACCAAAGCUAUAUCGAUGUACGCUGGAAAGGUGGAGUGGUAUCAGCGCAUCUGCCUCGGCUCAAACUGGAUUUUUUUAUCAACGGGGACCAACAGUUGGAGUGUCGACAGUUUCCGGGCAUGUUCAUUGAUAGUGACCCGAAUAUUGGAACCCUGACAGGGCUAGGGAACCGGCUUGUUGUGCGUCAGGGGUCCAUACGGAGCGUGUUGAUCCCAUACGGCAAGGUGAAGUUCGAGCCGUAUGAGAAUCACCAUGUGAGGGUUGAGAUCGAUACUAGAGACGUCGACGAAGACAGGGUAAAAUAUCACAUCUACACCAUUGACCCCAUUCUCGAGGCGGAGCUAUUUGGGCUCAUUGAGUCCCUGACCCCCGUCCGUGUUUAUUACCCGAAGCAUAUGAAGACUAUGCAGAAAGUAACGUGGAGCUGCUUGUCCCCGAUCGCACAGCAUGAGGAGUUCUCCAGCAUUGUGAGGGAUGUUCUAGCUCAUGCGAGUCGCUUUCAGAUAUUCGUGGAAGGAGGCGGUGAUGGGUCUGGAUCGAGUGCCCCAACGCUCAACACGCAAUCCCGCGAGCCAAGGCUCUUGAAGAGGGCUGCUCACCGUAACGCGGGUUUCCGUACAUAUGAAUUUGGCGGCUCCAAUGGGGCAGAGAGGAAGGAUGUUGUUUACGAGGCGCGCGAUGUGCCGCAGAAGACGUCACUGGAUGAAGCGCAUGUUUGUUACAUCUCUGCCUUGGUGGAGCGCUGGCCAUCGAGACUGAACGUCUGCUCCAACUUGAUGGGUGUAUUUGAAAGGUGGGGAGAGCUUAGGAGCGAAACGAUUGAGUUUGUUUAUGAUCAGCAAUGGUUGGACCAAGAUCUCGCGGAGGUUUGGUUUGAGCUGUACCAGUCUCUCACCAUGAGCACCAAGGAACGUGAUACUUACAGAUUGUUAUUCCUGCUCAGUACAAUUGCAUAUUCAGGAAAGACGAAGAUGGACUUGAUCGAGAGCUUACUGGCGUUUGCUACGGUGGAAUGCUUUAGAUCGCUGGGACUGCCUGACUUUCCAUCCUACGACUUUGAACAAGGAUUCGAGCCCGAUGCCCAAACUUUGCGUGACGCGCUCGAGGGAUGUGCCACGAGAUUUGGAGACAGCGACGAGGCAGACCUGCAGCCCAAUGUUGAUGAGAGCGAAAUUGAACUUUGUAUUCGGCGACACCAGACUUAUCGCAGUAACCUGGAGGAACAAUUGGACUCCUUUGUCGAUGCAAUGGUCUCUCAAUGGCGUUGCGAGGUCCCAAGGAAACCAGCACGAGAAUUCCCGCUAUUGGAUGUCCCGGUGGCUAUGGCAAAGGUCAAGAUGCGCUUCAGAGACUGGUAUAGGAACUCGGGCCUCCAACGCCAUGUGCUCAGGGUUCAAGCUAUGCUGGACAAUGUGAAUACAGAGGGUAAAAGAAACUUUCAGGCUUAUAACUUUGACCCAUGCAGAGAGUCAACCUCAUCUGUAAACAGCGCCGUUCCGUUCGAGAACCUACUCCGCGUACACCCCCCAGAUCUACUCGUGCCUCCUCCUCCUACAGUUGGACGAGACUCUGCCUCCCCUAAGCACUCGCCAAAAGCAACCCCUGUAGAUGGUGGUCUCGAAUCACUUCUACGAGAUUUUGAGUCAAAGAGUCGGGGAGGCUUCUGGGAGGUAUAUGUUAAGGGUUUACAGCAGAGCUUGAAGGCUCUGAAAGAUUUACCUGUUUCUGCGGAAAGUGGCAGAGCGCUACCACCGGCAAACAUCUUAGAAUCUUCCAAAGCCAAGUGUAAGAAGUAUUUAACGGAGUUGUUUGAUGCUAUUCGAGAAAGACUUCUUCCAAAACGAAACGACAAAGGUUGGAUGCUAUACAGAGCCGGCCUAUGGCCACGGAUCUCACCGAUGUUGUUGCUCCAACAAUUAGCAACGAAUAGAGGAGUCCAAUUAAAUGAUGAGUGGAGAACGGUGCUCGUCAAUUACGGUAAAGCAAUCUCUAUGCUACAACGAACACAGCGCCUCCUCAAUCAUGCUCGAAUAGGGGCCUCCUCGGACCUGUUAAAGGAACUGGAAAACUGUGGGCAUGAGCACUGGAAUCAAAUGGAGAAAACGGACUGGUUAUUAAUGGAAAUUGAGAAUAACCUACUUGUGCGACCGGUUCAGGUAGACAUAGCGUCCAAGAUGAUCUCACCAGACGAAGGUCGCAAUACAAUCAUGCAACUUUGUAUGGGGGAAGGCAAGACUUCGAUCAUUGUCCCAAUUGCUGCCGCCUCCCUUGCCGACGGUGAGAAAUUGGUCCGAGUCGUCGUGCUGAAGCCACUGAUAGGGCAAAUGUUUCAAACACUGGUCCAAAGGCUGGGGGGCUUGGUUAACCGCCGCGUUUAUUUUCUGCCGUUCUCCCGCGGGGUUAAGAUAGGAGUAAAUGAGGCGAGGACAGUUCAUGCUCUUCUUGAGGAGUGUAUGGAGAACGGGGGCAUUUUGCUGGCCCAGCCGGAGCACAUAUUGUCUUUCAAGCUUCUUGGGCUGGAGAGGUUGUAUAACGCUGAACAAGCGCCCAAAGCCGACGCCGGGGCCACAAGAGAACUGCGCAUAGUUGCUCAACAGCUACUUGAAACCCAGCGGUGGCUAAGGAAAAAAUCAAGAGAUAUCCUGGACGAAAGUGACGAGAUUCUAAGCAUCCGGCAUGAACUAAUAUACACCAUUGGGAAUUCAAGACCUAUCGAAGGCUAUCCUGAUCGCUGGAUUGUUAUCCAACAGGUCUUGGGUCUUAUUAGACAGCAUCUCCGCGAGGCAAAAUUCGACCCCCGAGAAUUUGAGGUAGUACCUUCUUCACAUGAGGGUGGUUUUGACUCAAUACGUAUCCUUAGCAUUUUUGCGGGGCAAAGGUUAUUGAAAAAGAUUGCCUCCAAGAUCGUCGCAGAUUAUCUCCCCGCACUUUCUUUCCGGUUCCUGCACGAGCAUUUACGAAAAAUGGCAGAAAGGUUUAUUACAGAUCCAACGUUACGGGAGGAAGAGUGCGUGUUUCUACGUUUACAAUAUCAAGAUAAUAUUGUCUCGACCGGUAUUCUCUAUUUGUUAAGAGGCCUCAUUGCUCACAAAAUAUUGUUGUAUGUGUUACAUGAUAAGAGAUGGAAGGUCGAUUAUGGCCUCGAUCCAAAGCGCCCCACGAAGCUUGCGGUCCCUUAUAGGGCAAAGGAUUCACCUUCUGGGCAGUCGGAGUUCAGUCAUCCGGAUGUUGCAAUAACCCUGACCUGUCUCAGCUACUACUAUGGCGGAUUGAGCGAAAGUCAGCUGGAGAUUUGCUUUCGUGAUGUCUAUAAGUCCGAUAAUCCAACAAUGGAGUAUGAGCGUUGGUUGAAAGGAGUUUCUGUAACUAACCAUAGCUUCAAGUUGAGAUACUUGAACGCCAUCAACCUGGAGGAUAGGAACCAAUGGAAGAAGGAGAUUUUUCCUACCUUUAAAUAUAACAAAGCAGUCAUUGACUUUUAUCUUUCCGGGGUGGUCUUUCCUAUGGAAGCUAAGGAAUUCUCGGAGAAGCUUUCGACGUCGGGUUGGGACAUAGCUGAGAAGAAGGAGCUUCACCCAACGACUGGUUUUAGCGGCACCAACGAUAAUCAAUACCUCCUUCCCCUAUCAAUUACCCAAAACGACACGGAAGAGCAGCUCAACACCAACGCCAAAGUCCUUAGCUAUCUAUUGCAGCCUGAGAAUAAUUAUAUGCGGACCGCAGGAACUAGCGGUGAACGGCUCAAUGUCAAACAGUUACUAGAGAUCUUAACAGAUUCCGAGAGAGAUCCGAACGUCAAAGAAUUACCGGGCGCCGGAGCUCAAGCACUGGAGUCGCAGAACAAGAGAGAUCCGAGGGUUAAAGUAUUACUGGAUGUUGGAGCUCAGGUAUUGGAGUUGCGCAACAACGACGUUGCGAAAGCAUGGCUGGGAAUGGUACCGGAGAACGACGCCAAGGCUGCAGUAUAUUUCAACGACAGUGACGAGCUGACCGUAGUAACUCGUGAUGGAACCACGGAGCCACUCCUGAUUUCUGCUUUCGCCGAACGACUGGAUGGAUGCCUUGUGUAUCUUGAUGAAGCGCAUACCCGGGGUACAGACCUCAAGCUCCCGAGUAACAGCAGAGCGGCAGUAACCCUCGGGCCCAAUUUGACAAAGGAUAGGCUUGUACAAGCAUGUAUGAGAAUGCGAAAACUAGGAAACGGCCAUUCAGUCUUAUUUUGCGGGCCUCCGGAAGUCGAUCGAAAAAUCCUUGUAGUGGCUAACCAGGCGGGCCGUCAGUCGAUUGAGGUCCGGGACGUUUUGCACUGGUGUAUGACGCAAACUUGUAAUAAUGCCCGCAAACUAUUGCCUAUAUGGGCAAAGCAAGGCAUCAGUCAUACCAACCGGUAUAAGGCAUGCAAUGAGCUUAGACUGUCAUUUCCACAGAUCUUACUUGAGCAAGAAUCAAAAUCGCUGGAGGAACAUUACGGGUUUAAGCGGGCUAGGGGUGAUAUCCUACCAUCAUGGAAUUCAACACAAAGAGCAGACGGCAGUGAGUUAACUGCAAUUCAGCAAAAGUGCAAGGAGUUCGGCGUGAAAUCGUUCGGUGGAGCUUCGAUGCUUGAAGAGCAAGAGCGGGAGCUGUCACAUGAGAUUGAGUGUGAACGAGAAGAACAGCGCCCCCCGAAGGCCGACCCUCAGAAACACCAGGUCACGGAAGAUCUCAAAGGCUUGGUAGAGGAUGGGUCCCUGCCACCACAGGCCCGCCGACGGGGCACCUUUAUUCCCGCCUUCGAAAUUCUCCGCGAAACUUCGGCCAAUCAGCAUAUUGAACUGGCAUCGUGGCCCGAGAAAAUUCUUGCAACAAUCGAUUUUGCUACUGUGAUCGCGGGAAAGCGUGACAGUAGGUCGGACGAUUAUAUUCGACCUGUCAACUGGAUUUUAUCCAUGAAUCAUGAUCCUUCGACCUUGAUUAUCCUAAGUCCCUACGAGGUCAAUGACUUAUUACCUCGCAUACGUCAGUCGCGGUCGGUCGUCCUACACAUGUAUUCUCCACGAACCGCGAAGGCUAGCCCGUCAUACGAAACUCUAGACCUUUGCACAAUCCCCCGACCACCUAAGUCAUGGCAACUAAACCGUGAAUUAAUGGACUCGGUCAACAUCUUUGCUGGCCAGUUGUACUUUUCAAACUAUGAGACAUACGAAAGAAUAUGUGGGUUCUUGGGACUGUAUUUGAAGGCACGGCCCCCGGGAAAGAACGUGGAAAUAGCUAGUGAUGGCUUUGUCGAUGAGUCAAGUCGUAAACCACUCCAGAUGAAAGAUUCAACCUUCACCAAAAGUCCUGUGCCGUUUCUGCGGACAUUAGUAGGGAUGCGUCGCAAAGGGCAGAGCUAUACUACAACACACAUGGGGAACAUAUUGAACGGGAGAUCUUUAUCUGCAGAAGAUUUUGAGCACGAGGAAAGUGAGACCAAAGAGUGCAUGGCGAAGGAAAAGUCAAUAGCUCUGCCUAUCAUGCCAUAUCCCGGGCCGCCGGCUGGGAAAGAGACCUAG